CAACUGGAGUGCUGCAGGUAACUGGGCGAAUCAACCGAGAUGCCCUUCCACUGUGGCUCCAUCCUAAUGUUUCAGUGAUACUCCGGGUGGAGGACAGUCCCAGCGGUGGUCACGCCAGCGAAAUGGAGAUCACGAUCAUUAUUGAUGAUAUCAAUGACAACCCACCAGAAUGCAAUCCUUCUACCUUCAGGAAAGAGGCAAAUGAAAAUAUGAUUGCUGGGACAUUUCUUCUUGAUCUUAGAAACUACUGUAAAGAUAUUGAUGUUGAUCCAUCAAACAAUCGAUUUAAUUUCACUGGAUUAUCUGGUUUUGGAAGCAAUAACUUCGCUUUGGAGUCUACUGGGUCUGGAAGACUUGUGAUAACUGGAAGUAUUGAUUUAGAAAACCCAGCUUAUCUAGGAGUUGAAGUUUAUUCUUUGACUGUCAGGGUACAAGAUAUUGCCUGUCCUGACUACUCAAAUAUCAUCUACAUUUACAUCAGGAUAAAGCCAGUGAAUGAAUUUUUUCCAGUCUUCAGUAAUUUAUCAUAUGAAUUUAAUGUUCCAGAAAUUACUAAAGUUGGAUCCAGCAUUGGAAGAGUGAAUGCCAGAGACAAGGACUGGCCACCCAGUGCCAUCACUUAUUCCAUUGUAGCUGGAGGAGGCACCAGGGAUUACACAAAUAUCUUCUGGAUCAGCCCAACCAAAGGAGAUGUGAAGAUUUUAGCUAGGUUAGACUAUGAAACGACUCAGAAACACAUUCUUACAGUACAGGCCUCAGACCAAGAGAAGACUGCGACAGCAUCUGUAACUGUCAAUGUUUUGGAAGUAAAUGAUGAAGAACCAGUUUGUUCACCUAAUUUCUAUUCAUUUCAAAUCCCAGUCAGCUUAGCUGUUGGGACCAAUAUUAAUGGCUUCAGGAUUGAAUGUCAAGAUCGUGAUUCUGAUCCCAGGUCUUUCCGUUACUUCAUUAAUGAAGGCAAUGUAAACAAUCAUUUCAUCUUUUCACCAAGUGCCGGCUCCAACAUAUCACGGCUGAUUCUUGCAUCAAGGUUUGACUAUGAGAGCGGACUUGAUACAAACUGGAUUUACAGACUGCGCGUCUAUAUAACAGACGACAAUUUACUAUUUGCCAGGGACAAAACUACGCACCUAAUUAAUACUGGAACGGUGACUUUAAGCAUCAGAGUUAUCCCGAAUCUACCUACUGUCAUUGCCACAACACCUGGCUUCACUGUUGUGACGAAAAGGGAAAACCUCUACUCUGAAUCGGCGUGGUACGUGCCGUUCAUCAUCACCCUCGGCGGUCUGCUGCUCUUCGGCCUGCUGGGGUACCUGGGGUUCCUGCUGGCGACGUGGGUCUGCACCCGCUGCCCUCCGGCAGGCAAAGCAUACGGCGCACCUCUGAUAAAUGCUCCAGAAAAGAAGAAACCUAAGAAAGAAGUGGUUGUGACAAUGACAAAGCUAAACACUGUCUUUGAUGGAGAAGCCAGAGACCCAGUUACUGGCAGAAUGUACGAAUUCAAUACACAGUCAGGGGCCCGGAGGUGGAAGAAGAUCAAUGAGCCCCUUCAGCCAGCACCGUCCAUGCAGGUAACAUCCAGUGCCACAGAUAAUAGUGGCCAAGAGACAGACAGAGCAGAGGCACCAAGCAAAAAAGAGCCUUCAGAGAAGAGUAAAGAGCCAACUGAGGAGACAAAACCAGAUGCCAAGCCCUCAGCAGGACAACCAGAAACACCAGGCCAGGAUGGGCUGAGAUUGCAAAAGCAGAGAGGAGUCUGA